AUGAAUGAAUAUUUACCAAACUCUUACUUACUUGGUAUUCAAUUGACCAUUUCUACACAUUCAGGGCAGCAAGUUGUUUAUUCAUACCCUCCAACUACUGUUGCAUGUGCAUCCUCAGUAUCCAAUAACUUCAACGUCAACAAAACAAGUAACAAACAUAAAGAUGGAGAAUUGAAGUUGCAAAGAACUCACGAUGAAUCAGACUCUUCAUCUUCCAGUUCAUCCAGUUGGUCGUCAGGUCUGAGUGACUCCGAAUUAUCAACAGACGAAGCCGACGAAUCCUUUUCUUCUAAAUCAGAUGAAACAACCUCUUCAAUGUCAUUCCAUGAACGAAUGAGUACUGAGCAAUUACUAGAUAUGUUCAAAACAGGGACAGAUGGAGUGUCUGAAGUGAUGGAUGUGCAAAUGAAUGAGCUCUUCUUUUCAAAGGAAAAUUACCAAGAUAUUGAUAAGAUAUUUGGAUUUAAUUCAGAAUUCGUUGCUGAGUUUUGCACACCUGAUAGGGAUUUAUGCAAUACACGAUUUGAGUUUACUAUAGAUGAAUUUUGUUUUCUUGGAUUUCCUAUUCAUAACGAUUCAAAUGGGAAAUGGAGAAAAUCAAAACACAGCAAGCAUACAUCUAGAAAAUCAGUAAGUAUAAGCCAUUCGAAAAGAAAGAAAUCUGUAACAACAUUAUCAGUGCAUUCAUCUGGAUCAAAAAAUGCAGAGUCAUCUAGUACACAACGAAAAAAUCCUGAACUAGAGGAGGAUGAAAUUGUAAAGAACCAGACCCCUACACCUUCUGAACUGGAAGAUGACAUUAAUGACUUAAGUAAAUCUAUGAAUAUGUUUCACGUAUGUUUUAUUUUGAACCCCCCAUUGAUUGAGUAUAACAACAGAGUAGAUGAUAUGUACCAACAUGUGGUGGCAAAAUUGUCACUUCUUCUUCGUUACAUUCAAUCAAAGACACAAUUCGUUUCAGACGAAUGUAGCAUUAUUCUAAAGGAACGUGAAUACGUAACAAAACAAUCCGAUACAUACCAGAAGCUUAGAAAUCCCUGGGAAAAAGGUAAAUAUUUAUACGAAAGAAUACUAAAUAAAUCAUCUCUGGCAAGAGCUUUAACUAAAUGUGUAGAUCAAAUACACCAAAACGAAAUUGCGUCGAUUAAAAUAGGCGAUAAGAUGAUUUCAUUACAAAUCCCCAUUCAAAAUGAGUUUUCGACCUUACCAAAUAAUCGCUUGGUUGAAAUUUUACCACAUUCUUAUCUUACCUCAAUUGUAAAUAGAAAAUUUAUCGAAAGAGCUUCCAUGGCAUAUAAUUCUAAAGUUAGUGGCUUCAAAACGUCUAACACGGGGGGUAAUUAUUCAAAUAAUGAUAGUGCUAUAAGGAACAGCGCCGAUGUAAGAUAUUUGUUACAAGAUGAUGGGGCAGAUGAUGACGACGAUAUUUUAGACUAUACUCUACUACUUUUAGAUGAUCCCAUAAUAAUAUUAAAAAAUUUAGAAUCGAUGACUCUUGGCAACGCAAGUUUUCAAGAUAACAAUGUGGGCGAUGUUAACACAAUUAUUUUGAAGGAGUUAAUUAAACAAAUCCAACCUACUGUCCCUUUAAGAUACUAUCACUAUAUCAUCACUGAUAUUUUGCAGAUUGAAGGAAGCAAUAUUACUUAUGAUAUUCUAAGAUCAUUUGCUCUGCAUCUUAUAUAUUGGAGACAUGCACGUAUUAUUAUUCCAAUAAGUUCGAAAUAUAAGUAUGCUGUGUCUCCUCUGCUGACAUUAACAGUAACCUAUCUUGAAGAAUCUAAGAUAUUUAAAGAUAAAUUUCCAUCGUUGCCUUCACUAAGUUAUUUUUUGGGUAAAUUAUCUGAGCCUGAUAUACUUGAAACAACCAAAAAUCCGAAGGCAUCAAACUUAAGCAAGACUAUGGGAAACAAUGAGAAACACAUCGGAAUAAGACCAUUUGGUUCUCUUAUUCCUAGCAAGGAACAUAAGGGCAUAUAUUUAGGCGCUUUAAGCUGGCUAAUAAAGCAUGGUUAUGUCUAUCAAUUGCUGACAUUUGUCUAUAUUAGAGUUGAUAAGAAAAUUAAAAUGCAUGUAGAGGAAGAUCUAGAAAAAGAAGGAUUUAGAGUUAAAAACAAAGAUAAAAAAAAUGCGAAGAGUGAAAGAAAUAUUCAAGACUUGUCAUUAAAUUCUAUAACUAACGAAAUCAAUUCAAAGACUAUUGCUCCUGACCCUACCCAAAAACAGAAUAAACCAGAAUCUGUCGGAGUGGACAACCUAAUACCAGAUUCUAUAAAUAAUAGCAUUAUGAAAUCCGAUAAUCCUAGUAAUGAUGAUAUUUUGCACUUUGAGUUUGAUGAUCCUGAACUACAACAAGAUUUUACAAUAAUUUUAGAACCCGAACGAGCAACAGCACUUGAGAAGAGAUGGUUGUAUAAAUGUGUUUCUGAGCAAGCUCCUGAUAUACAGCUAUUGUUUAAAAGAUUACUGAAAUAUUUUAAUGGUAAGACACCUUUAGAGUUAGUGAUUCUGAAGGAAAACAUAUCAAGACACGAGAUAAAGAAAUUAUUCCAGGUUCUAGAUAAAUACAUAAUGGAAGUCCUUCAUUGGUAA